AGGCAUGCUGAUCACGAGCACGGAAACUCGUGUGUUUAUAUUCCGGGUAUUCUAUAAGAGUAGCCUACUCUCAAAACUGAAAAAAAUAAUACAUUUUUAAAAGUAUUCUAAAAUAAUAUCAACGAUAUUAAAGACUAUCUGGGCUUGAAGGAUGGCUCAGGGAGGUGGACCGCCCAUCCUCUUCUUCCUCUUCAUGUUUCUCUUCAUGCUAUCAUCUCUGUGUGACUGUCACCCUCACUCUGCUGGGUUCAUGAGGUCAAUGUCCUCAGCCAGGGCUGUACCUAGUCACACUGCAAGGAAAGUCUCAGACAUAGCUACAGAGGUAGCAGGCUAUGCUGAGGUGGCCAAACAGAUUAUUGACCUGGCUGUGUUUGGAGCUGCCCAGAACCGCUCUCACAGACGGUUGGCUGACUUCACCGACACCAUAGGGAACCGUGUCAGUGGCUCACACAACCUGGAGAUGGCUAUCAAAUACAUGUACAGUGCUAUGACAAAGGAUGGGCUGGAUGUACAUUUAGAGCCAGUCAAAAUCCCACAUUGGGUAAGAGGGAAGGAGAGUGCAGAAAUGAUUGCGCCAAGGGCCAAAAGUCUGGCUAUACUGGGACUUGGUAGCAGUGUAGGGACACCACCUGAGGGUAUCGAGGCAGAGGUGUUGGUAGUUCAGUCGUUUGAGGAACUGAAGCGUAGAGCCAGUGAAGCCACAGGGAGGAUUGUGGUUUUUAACCAACCAUUUGUCAGCUAUGGGGAGACGGUGGCUUACCGUGCUUAUGGCGCCUCUGAGGCAGCCAAAGAAGGAGCUCUGGCCACACUCAUUCGAUCUAUUACUCCUUUUUCUAUUAACAGUCCCCACACAGGUUGGCAAGACUACCAAGCUGGAGUGAAGCGCAUCCCUUCAGCCUGUAUUACUGUGGAGGAUGCUGAGCUGAUGUGGCGUAUGGCACAGAGAGGGCAGAAGAUCGUGGUCAGACUCACAAUGGGAGCCAAGACUCUGCCGGACGCUGACUCCUUCAACACUGUGGUUGAAAUAACCGGCUGGCAACACCCUGAGCAGGUUGUCUUAUUGAGCGGCCAUUUGGACAGUUGGGAUGUGGGACAAGGCGCCAUGGAUGACGGAGGUGGAGCUAUGAUUUCCUGGGAGGCCUUGUCCCUUAUCAAGGACUUAGGUUUGCGUCCGAGGAGAACACUGCGAACAGUGCUGUGGACAGCUGAGGAGCAGGGUGGAGUUGGGGCGCAGCAGUACUAUAAUCUACAUAAGGUGAACAUGUCCAACUUUGACCUGGUCAUGGAGUCGGACUUGGGGACAUUUACCCCGGUGGCUCUGCAGUUUACUGGCAGUGAUGCAGCACGAAAGGUGAUGGCAGAAGUGGUCAAACUGUUGGCUCCCAUUAAUACGACCAAACUGGAGCCACAUGGAGAAGGGACAGACAUAUCACCGUGGAUGCAGGCAGGAGUACCAGGUGCUAGCCUCCAUGUAGCAGACAAUCGAUACUUUUGGUUCCACCACAGUGAAGGUGAUACCAUGACUGUUCAGGACCCUCAAGCCAUGAAUCUCUGCUCAGCCUUGUGGGCCGUGGUGGCCUAUGUCGUAGCAGACCUGCAGGACAUGCUGCCCAGGUAGCCAGUUAGGCCUCCCCCCCCCCCCAGUGAACAGGAGGAACGGACAAUGACUAUUUACAGCUGGACUGGUUGAUUUCAAAACACACGGUCAAAUCCAACUAUUUUUUUAUGUUUUAAAAACUGUGAGUUUAUAAAUUCUAUAAAAAUUGAAUGUGAGUAGUCCAUUAUUUUUAGUCAAUAGACAAGACUAAGAACAUUAAUAUAGUGGACUUUCUCAGGUAUUGUUUGUCUUUAGGCCGUAAUAUAUAAUGUGCUGAACAUGAAAAUUUGCAACAACAGUGUGUUUAAAUAACUAUAAGUUAAGUGUCUUUAGAAAUUAAGGAGCUGUUCAAAUUUCCAAUGUUUCAAGUGUUAAAGAGAAGAACAACCUUUUCUUUAAAGGACGCAGGUUUAUGUGUUUUUAUUUUAUAAAUAAUAGGAAAGAUUACUCCUAAUGCACAUUUACAAUGUUUGAGAUUUUACACUGCAAAAUGAUCAAUAAAGUAUUAAUCAUUGCUUUACCCCUUCA